CUUCUUACCACGGCAUCUACGGGUCUUCUCUCUACAUGCCCAAACCAUCUAAGCCUAUUUUCUACCAACUUUUCUACUAUAGGUGCUACCCCCACUCUCUCUCUAAUGGUGUCAUUCCUAAUCCUAUCCUGUCUAGUCUUACCCCUCAUCCAACACAACAUCCUGAUCUCUGCUACACUUACUUGAUUCUCAUGUUGACUCUUAACCGAACAACACUCCGUACCAUACAACAACACCGGUCUGACUGUUGUCCAAUAGAACUUUCCUUUCAACUUAAGUGGUACUUUUCUCAGGAAAUGAAUGUUUAAUCAAUAUGUAACUGCAUGCUGUGAUUGGAGAAUUUGUAUUUUUUGGACUUGCCUAAUUGAAAUUUUGUCCAACUUGUACAUUUUGUAUUUUAAAAGGAAACUUAAAGGUAAAAAAGCCCCAGUUGUUCAGCCAGUUGAAAGAUGUGUUUUUUUACAUUUACAUUGAUGAUUGAUAAAAUUAUAAGAACAUGGUAGUUUAGUGAUUGGAGUCUUUUUUAUUAAUAACACCAUACUUUGCAGUUUGGUGGGGUAUCUAUGUUCAACGAUUUCACAAUGUGAAGUCACUGGCCGUGUAAUUUAUUUCUACUGCUGUAUCAAGUUAUAACUGCCUCUACCAAUUACUGAUGAUUUUGUCCCUUAAAAGAGUUGAUGCCGUGUCAAGAUUUUGUAAUUUUUUUAUCAGUCUAAAAAGGGAUGAUAUGAAAAUGAUCAGUUUGACCGAUAGUACUUGCGGUUAUAUUUUGUUGAUAUCAUAUGAUGUUGCAUAGAGAUGUUAUAUUUAAUAAAAUAUAAUGACGUCAUUUGACCCAUGUAGCCAGUCCUACUUACUGAGAUAUUAUAUAUUACAAAACAUUUAUGCAUAAAAGGCCUCAACUUCUUAACCCUUCUAGGCUUUUUGAUGUUAAGAAAAAAAGUGGAAAUGGAAACUAUAGUGUAUGACAUACAUUUGAUUUUGUUGCAGAGAGAACACCUACAAUAUACUGAUGUAUGGGAAUGGUUCCUCUCUUGCUUUUCUGUUUGCAAGUGCAAAACGGAGAGAUUCAAUGGAGAUUCAGAAAAAAAGAACAGCACACAGAUUGCAUAAGAGCAAAGCUGCUGUCGAAGUUCCUCCUGAACCCAGCACAAGUUCAGUGGACCUAAAUUACGAAGAUUUCUUGGUUCCUGCCACAAUGCCUAUGGAAGUGCGGGCUCCAAUUCCUGACGAACAACAACGUGAAGUUUUCAAGUGGAUUCUGGAAGAGAAAAGAAAAGUGAAACCAAAGGAUGCUAUGGAGAAAAAACAAAUUGACGAAGACAAGGACAUUCUUAAGCAGUUCCUGCGUGCAAAUUCCAUACCCAAGUUUUAACUUCCUCUUGACUCUUGCAUUAUUAAUAACUGAUAGGUUAAAGUUUCAAUCUGAUAAAUAGGCUUUGAUCUUCACAAGCUCAUCACUUCGGAAGUUCAUUUUUUUUUUGCUGAACAGGACAGUAACAGGUUAAUGGCAUUGCAUUUCCAACAGUUUUAGCCUUUAGGGAAGCAAGCAUCAAAUUAACCUAACUACAUUCUUGUAACCAUACCAAUCGUGCAUUGUUGGAUAACUGUAGCCUUAAACAUAGAUAUUAAGCUAGAAUAUUAGUGUUAUAUCAACAACUUGAUUGAAAAUGAGAACCAUUAUGCCUGCUACAUGGUAGGUCUCUACUUAUCAAUUGUAUACUUCUUAGUUUUUGCUCUUCAUGUGAUAUAUCUGUUGGUUGUAUGCCUGGAUGAAUGAUGUACUUGCAAAUUGAUAUUUUAAUGAUUAAGCCUAUCUUUGGAUCCAUA